GUGCACGGUACGGGAGUUGUUGGGGCCAUCUGUCCGUCCGUUCAGACCUGUGCUAGCCAGGGUAGAUCCGAGUGUGUGGACCCAGCAAAGGGCUGUGGACCUUGCAUCGACCGGUACUUUACUGAAGUGGGCAACACCUGCCAACGAAAUGCAGAUCACGAGACGAGCCAGUUUAAAAACAAGGAGGGUAUUCCUGAAAUUGAUACUAUCGUCCGGAGAGUAGAACAGACAAGGCGGUCUGAUGGAGAAUCAACAGCAGGCUCAACGGGUACAGGCAAGGUGGUGGUAGACAAGACAGAAACCAGGGUCAAGACGGACCGCCAGGUAGUCCAACCCAAUGGAGAGACCACCCAUGUGGAGCGAGAGAAUGUAGAGACAGUGGAGAAGACCAAGCCGGCACCAGACCCCGCCAAAGAUUCCCUGGAGGUCGUGCCUGCCAGUGACCCCAUGGGAUCCAAUGCGGCCGACCCGCAACCCAAGGACCAGAUUGCUGCAGCAGUACGAAGCAGUGAUGACGACGCGGUGAAGAUCGACAGCGAUCCUUCGGACAUCAGCAAGGCCCAGAAUGCACCCGUCACACACGACGGGGAGAUCCUACUAGAAGAUUGGCAGUUCAUACUAAUCGUCUGUGGCUGUGUAGCUGUCGGUGUUCUUGGCAUCGCUGUGGCCUUUUUAUGUUGGUACAAAAUCCAGACGACCGCCAAAGCCCAGAGUGAGGCGGAGUAUCCUGCCUACGGACUGACAGGUCCCAGCGCACACAUGCCUUCCAAUAUGUCAAGCGGUGACCGGAAACUGGCUCAGAGUGCCCAGAUGUACCACUACCAACACCAGAAACAGCAAAUGAUUGCCAUGGAAAAGAGGGAGAAGGGUGAGACGCAACACGACGCUUCGGAUUAUGACUCUGAAGAGGAGAAUGAGGAUGGAGAUCUGACGGUGUACGAGUGUCCUGGGCUAGCACCGACGGGCGAGAUGCAAGUCAAGAAUCCCCUCUUUAGUGAAGACAGGCAUUCCGAGACGGCCGCGGCAACAGAGGAGAAACAAUAAUGCUGAUGCCCUCCAAGUAGCAACAGCCGCUACCAUGGUAACACCCCUAGGGAACGCAUCUUAUUCAUUAAACAAAGGAAAGAGGAUAGCACUCAUCACCUCAUUACUGAUGGAGAACUUGUCAAGGGAUGAAACCUUUGACAAUUAAGGACCGCAAGCCUUGGACUACUGCUGUCUUCUCACUGGUGUCAACCAGGCGAGAAAAUUGGACUCGGAAUCUCUGAAGAAUCUGGGUUGCACUCUUCAUUCAAGCAUUGAUGCUCAAUGUGUAAGACUUGUCAUUAAGUCUGAUGGACUUGUGUUAUAGGCCCCUUUUAGGUAGUAGUUUGCACACUGCAGCCAUAUUGGUCUUAAUCCCAGGAGUCUAUUCAUGACUUUUGGGCACUGUACCACCGGCGCCAGCUUGUUUUUUCUUAUUGCUUAGUCAGUAUGUAAAGAUGGCUGCAGUGUGUUGCAUUCUGGAAAAAUCAACAUUUGAAUGCCUUGAGGAAUGGUGAUUUUUCAUGUCGCAACUAACAAAACUGGUUUUUACUCCACAGACUCAGUACAAAUAGCUGAAACAAACAGCAAUCUGUUGCCAUGAUUUUGUUUGUUUUCAAUCUAAAGAAAUCAGCGAUUUGUGUUCCACUAGGCAUCAAGUACUUACAUGUGUCGUGCCGAGUUUUUAGUUUACAAGGAAAGUAUUCUUUUAAUGCAAAAAUAAGUUAUUAAUUUGAUUUUGUGUUUGUUUAUGUUGAAACAAUGCUCUCUGAAUGCUGCUCUGGUUGUAAGGAAAUUACUGAAAAUACAAACCCAGCCAUUCUAAGUGAACAUUAAAAAAAUGGGAGUUUAUAAAUAUACCUAUUUUAGAGUAGUUGUGAUUUUAAAAUGCAGUGCACUUGUUUUUCUGCGCAAGUAUUGACUUGUGUGUCAGAUUUUUAAGAGCUGUAUAUCUGCAGAGAGUUUUAAAUUCAUUUUCCAUCAAAACAAAGUUAAGCUUUGGAUAAGGAAGAAAGAAUUUCUUUCAACCAAUCAUGCUCCAUGAAGAACACCAUGAUCAAUGAGAGAGACUUUUGAUUGGCUGACAUCGUUGUAAAUGCUGAUUCUGAUUAAUUGAUUCCAAGUACAAAUCGAGAAGAAUAUAUUUUUGGUUCAAUAACUGGUUCACUGCAAGAACUGUUCUUCCAUUAUGAAUCAAAGCUCAAAACGCUAACUAAUCUUAUUCCAGUCAGUAGCAAUGCAGAGAAAGAACUUGACAAAAUAAUCUUAGAAAAAAAAUCCUUGUAAGAGAAAUAUUUGACGUUUGUUUUUCCUGUGGUAGAGUUGGGUAUUACAGUGGAAUAAUUUCUCAGUGAAUUGUACAUAAGCUUUCAACCAAACCCUACACACAAAUUAAGUAAAUAUUUGCGCAGGUUUGAGAAGCUUGCAAUAUCACACUGUUCAUUGGCAGAUGCCAAUCGCUUGUUUUAGUUUACUGUAAUCUAUUCACCUUUUAAUUCUGUUUACGUGGAAAUGAAUUUUAGCCUCACCUCUUUAUCACAUAUCCUUUCCCUUUUUUCCAUUUUUAACUUAAUCAGCUGGGUGAGUAUUUUCAUACCUAAACUCCAUGGGUUUAAAGGAUGCUGAUAGACUGGUGAGGCUAGAAAGUAUGGAGAGCAGGUUGAAGUCAGCUGUGUUUACGAAAUUACACUUGUACUUGACUUGAGCCUAUUGUUAUGUUUUUCUUUUUGUGCAAUGUAAUGUCAGCGAUUAGGGUCAAAUUUAUUUUGUUAAAGAGUUGGUUUAUUUUAUCAUUUCUUCUUCAUUCGACUUCGAUCUAGGUUUUGUCCAUUUGCAGAUGUCACUUGUUCUACUUGUAAAAGAAAUUUCCACGCAAAGUUGGAAUGUGAUAAUACUGUCCAUUGGCACUUGUACAUGUAGGUGAAUUAGCUCUCGAGAUUGGAUAAGAAUUUUAUACUCCUAUGAAGAUCAUAAUGCAUUACAUUGAACACUAAGCCCUCAAAAUUGUUCACCAAGAUUUCCUAAACACACCGGUAUGUAUCUAACAAUGCAAGAGCUACAUUGUACUGUCUUACAUACCAAACAUUUAAUUUCCAAUCUGCCAAAAGGACAUAACAUUUAUUUUCCUUUCGUAUGUUUAGUCUUGUCACUAAUAAUGCCUCUUUUGUCUUCAAUAUUUAAUCAUUCCUCUGUCGGAAAAACCCAUCCAUUCCGUUUUUUUGUAUAAUCAAAUCAGGUAACUAUUCCAUAAGGAAAUAAUCAUGAAAUAUAAAUUGAAUUACUGACUACCGUUGAUAUGAAUCUACAGAUGAUUAAGAUCAUUAUGUUGUCUGGACAAAGAAGUUAUUACUUGAGACUACAUUUAUUAAUAUCACAGGUAAAUAUGUGUAAAUGAAUAUAUAUGUGUAUAGAUUAAAAAGUAGUGUGUAUAUAUAUAUAUGAAUGUUUUAUGUAAGAUUAUGAAAAUGUAAUGCAGUGAAUGAUUGAAAGAGUUGUUUUGAACUAUGGGACUUAUAAUAUUUGCAUGAUUUGGCACACUUGUUACAUAUUGUUGACAUAUUUUUGCAUUCAUUUGCAUGUAAAUUUGCAUGUUAUAAUGCCCAUGGUUUAAAUAUUACUCAGCACAUAGUGGCUAUGUGUAAUUUGAAAUGUAUAUAUAUUAUAGAAAUCACCGCUGACAAUAAUGUGGUUAGAAAUAAGUUAUGUUUCUUCAACAAACAUGGCUUAAUCAUAGCAUAGUUGUAUUCACCAUGAACCGCUUUCAACUGGAAAAGGGAAAUAGUAACCUAAAGUUUUGAUACCACAGUUGAUACUAUUGGCUGGUCUGAUAAACAGUAAUUUGCAUAUUGACGAUGGGCUGGCUUCCCUUCAUUCUACAGAGCCAAGCUACCCCAAAAACAUGAAUAAUUUAUGAGUUAACCUAGCCCUUGUCUAAACAGUUGUGAAACUUUCAAGACGUAUAUAUGGGUGGUUUGAAUAUUUAACAUUGGUUGUGCCGGUGAAAUAAUCACAGAUUACAGUUCGGCUUCUAUUGUUUUUUUUUCUUUUUAGUUCACAGCUGUUGUCAUGGAAAAUGUGCUUUUUAAGAAAUAAGUCCAUCACUAAAUUCCUUUUUGAAAGAAGUACCAGGCUUACUUUAGAACUACAGUACAGGCAAAAAGCCGUAGCGGAUAGUUGCUCAGGAUAUCUGUAUUACAGGCUUAUCGUAAUAUGCAUGCAUUUAUAUGUCAAGAUAAAUCUUCCACAUACAUUUGUGUCCCUUUUACAACCUGAAGUGAACUUCAACAUUUUUCUACCUGGGGAGAUUGGGCCCAACCGCUAUUACAAUAGAUUCAUAGCUGCCUGUACAAUGUGCAGUGUGUACUGUGACAGUGAUUGUAAUAGACGCUUCACCAACUAAUGCAUGAUGAUGUUAGCCUAUGUCACUGUGAUGUUGGAAAUAAAGAAAACAGAGCGCGUGUAAUGAAUGAAA